AUGGCAUGGAGUUACUUUCGGCAGAUUUUGGAGGCUUUACAGUUCAUACACGGCAAAGAUAUUAUUCAUCGGGACUUGAAGCCGAAUAAUAUUUUCAUAGAUGACAGUGGAACAGUGAAAAUUGGGGACUUUGGAUUAGCUCUGCAAAUGGAUGUCAGUUCUACCACAAAUUCGUUACCAGUUGGUGCGUAUCUCUACCGUGCACCUGAAAUGAAAAAGGGGGACCCCACCUACAAGCCCACCAACAAGGUGGACAUGUAUGCCUUGGGGUUGAUUCUAUUCCAGCUGUUUUGUCCCCGGCAAUGUUCUGAGCGCAAAAUGUUGAAACUAAGAGAUUCGCCUGAGCAAGUUUGUGAAAAGUAUAAGGUGGAUGAAACUGCCAAGCACCUGAUCUUGGAGCUACUUCAGACAGAUCCAUUGAAACGGCCUUCUGCUGCAGAUCUUCUGAUUGGAGAGAGAAUGAGCCUUAUGCUUUGA